AACACUCUCCACUCUCAUGCUCACCUACCUCCCAUGCCAUACCAUACAAUUAUAAAGUCUUUCUUCAGCCAUCACAUUUGAAAACCAUAUUUAUUUAUUUAUUUAUUUUUUCUUCUUUCCAAAAUUCACCUAUAUAACACCCACAUAUCAUCUCCCUGUACUUUCAAGAAAAUCCCAUAUCAUAUUUUCUUCCAGGCUUUCAUUUUUUCCUCCCCAUAUACUACAUACGCAUUUCAUCGAACACCUUCAUAACUCUCUGGUACAAUAUAUAACCGAAGGAUAUUUCUUCUAUACAAUGGAGACCCCCGCCGUCGCUGAAAAUGGUCAUCACCACAGCCAAAACGGCGUGUCGUUGGAGAGUUUCUGCACGACCAAGCCAGCGGCUGGAGUCUCCAUUGAUGACCCGCUGAACUGGGGUGCGGCGGCUGACUCGAUGAGUGGGAGUCAUUUGGAUGAAGUGAAGAGAAUGGUGGCGGAGUACCGAAAACCCGUAGUCCGGCUCGGUGGAGAGACGCUAACGAUUUCUCAGGUAGCUGCCAUCGCCGCUGGUGACGGUGCCGGUGUAAAGGUGGAGCUCUCUGAGUCGUCCAGGGCUGGAGUCAACGCUAGCAGUGAGUGGGUUAUGGAGAGUAUGAACAAAGGUACGGACAGCUAUGGUGUGACUACCGGAUUCGGUGCGACCUCACACAGGAGAACGAAAAAUGGCGGCGCCCUUCAGAAGGAGCUAAUCAGAUUUCUCAAUGCUGGAAUAUUUGGUAGUGGAAAAGAGUCAGCACACACUCUGCCUCACUCAACAACAAGAGCGGGGUUGCUUGUUAGGAUUAACACCCUUCUCCAAGGCUACUCUGGCAUUAGAUUCGAGAUUUUGGAAGCUAUGGCGAAGCUCCUCAACAACAAUGUCACUCCUUGUUUGCCUCUACGUGGCACAAUCACUGCAUCCGGUGACCUUGUACCCUUGUCUUACAUUGCUGGUUUGCUCACCGGCAGGCCUAAUUCUAAAGCGGUUGGCCCUAAUGGCGAGUCCCUCACCGCAGAGGAAGCCUUCAAAGUGGCUGGAAUCAAUUCUAGUUUCUUUGAGUUGCAACCUAAAGAAGGUCUUGCUCUUGUCAAUGGCACUGCUGUUGGUUCUGGUUUGGCUUCUACUGUUCUUUUUGAGGCCAACAUUCUUGGCGUGUUGUCCGAGAUCUUGUCUGCAAUCUUUGCAGAAGUGAUGCAGGGUAAGCCUGAGUUUACGGAUCACUUGACUCAUAAGUUGAAGCACCAUCCUGGCCAGAUUGAGGCUGCUGCUAUUAUGGAGCACAUUUUAAAUGGUAGUGCUUACAUUAAAGAUGCUCAAAAGCUUCACGAGAUGGAUCCUCUUCAAAAACCAAAACAGGAUCGCUAUGCUCUUAGAACAUCACCCCAGUGGCUUGGACCGCAAAUUGAAGUGAUCAGAUUCUCAACCAAGUCAAUUGAAAGAGAGAUCAACUCGGUGAAUGACAACCCUUUGAUUGAUGUUUCAAGGAACAAGGCUCUUCAUGGUGGUAACUUCCAAGGGACCCCAAUUGGUGUUUCAAUGGACAACACCCGUUUGGCUAUUGCAGCAAUUGGCAAACUCAUGUUUGCUCAAUUCUCUGAGCUUGUGAAUGACUUUUACAAUAAUGGUUUGCCUUCAAAUCUUUCUGGAGGCCGCAACCCAAGUUUGGAUUAUGGUUUCAAGGGAGCUGAAAUUGCCAUGGCUUCUUACUGUUCUGAGCUCCAAUACCUUGCUAAUCCGGUGACGAGCCAUGUCCAAAGCGCUGAACAACACAACCAAGAUGUGAACUCUUUGGGAUUAAUAUCUUCAAGAAAGACUGCUGAGUCUAUCGAUAUUCUCAAGCUCAUGUCUUCAACAUUCUUGGUUGCACUUUGCCAAGCAAUCGACUUGAGACAUUUAGAGGAGAAUUUGAAAUACACAGUGAAAAAUGUUGUGAGUCAAGUGGCUAAGAGAGUUUUAACAACAGGUGUCAAUGGAGAACUCCAUCCAUCAAGAUUUUGCGAGAAGGAUUUGCUUAAAGUUGUAGAUAGGGAAUAUUUGUUUGCCUACAUUGAUGAUCCAUGCAGUGCUACCUACCCAUUGAUGCAGAAACUGAGACAAGUACUUGUUGAGCAUGCUCUGUCAAACGGUGAAAAUGAGAAGAAUUCAAGCACUUCAAUAUUCCAAAAAAUUGUAGCUUUUGAGGAAGAAUUGAAGACCCUUUUGCCAAAAGAGGUUGAGAAUGCAAGGAUUGGUGUGGAAAGUGGAAAUGUAGCCAUAACAAAUAAGAUUAAGGAAUGCAGGUCAUAUCCAUUGUACAAGUUUGUGAGAGAGGAGUUGGGAACUGGUUUGCUUACUGGAGAGAAUGUUAAGUCUCCUGGAGAGGAAUUCGACAAAGUGUUUUCUGCUAUGUGCCAAGGAAAAAUCAUUGAUCCAAUGUUAGAAUGUCUUAGUAGCUGGAAUGGUGCUCCCCUUCCGAUUUGUUAGUUGUCAUUUUGUUGAGUUUGAAUGUUGUUUAAUGUGUCCAUAAAUUUAGUUGUCAACAAGGGUGCUUGAAUGUCAUUUAAAGUGUCUAUAAAAGUUAAUUUAGUUGUCAACAAGGGCAAAUAUGUGGGAGUGAAUUGUGUAUUGUAAAAUAAUCUUUUGUUCUUUUUUUUCUUGCAAUAAGAUGUAACUUUUUCCUUUGAUAUUAUUUUUGUUUUAUUUUAAAUGGAAUAAAAAUCAGUUGGUUACGACCCAAAA